GUAUCUUGUUUUUCAUUGUUUAUGGAAAAAGAUUUAUCGCGUCGCAACGUUGUUAAUCUCGACGACGAUCGAUGUUAAUUAAUGAUUGAGAGAAUUAUCCAUAGUAGUGUCUGGAGGAAAUAUGGAAAUAAACCCUUCAUACUCGAACAUCCAAUUACAACGAUCAUUCCGAUUUUCUUUUUGCGUUUUGCAGUGCAAGCGAGUGUACAGAGUUGUCUAGGGGAAAUAAAAACAUAUGGAAUUCCUCGAGUUAGUAGAUAUUACGUACAAAUAAUUAAUAUGAAUAUAUUAACGACGUAGGUAAAAAGUGGUUCGAGUGAGAAGGGUUGAUUAAUUACUAAUUAACCGGGAAUCGGUUAAGCUGGAGACCACGCUUUAUUUUUGUUUAGUAUUACGGCGUGUAGGUUGCCAAUGUAUCGAUAAUACUGUAAGAGAAAUUUGAUUAAUUUCAAGCCAACGAAAUAUUUCAAAUUCUAGAAAUAUCUACUUUUAUUCUCGGUAGUAUAAAUAGUUACCAAAGAUAGAACCUUAAAUCUAGAAAAUUUUAAGUAUGCAAUAUUUUCUAUUGUAGUUACUAAUUCUACUAUCGAUCAUAGGUUGGCAACCAAUGCGUCAUGAAUGAUGCUUGAUAGCGAAUUGAUAAAUGUCGCGCAAGUAAAAAAAAAAAAAUCGUAAAAAGUAGGGUUCUAACGUCGCUGAUUCCGGUGAUAUUUUAGUCAGUGUUAAGUCCACACUAAUCCAAGGGGAAGGAUCGACAGUGUACGCGAUUGUCGGUCGGAUUAUAAAUCAACAGUAGACAUAUAGUAGAGCGUAACAAUUUCAGAGAGGUAGUACUACCGUUGUUCCGUUAAUUGUUUUAAUAGAUUUUAUUGUGCCGUGACCGCAUCGCGUGCUCUUGCUAAAUUUUCGUUUUAUUGCUGAGAGGGAAAUAAUGAUUCAGGUACGCCAACUGUUAAAUAGAAAUAUUAUACAUAAGUUGGUAUGAUGGGCAGGUGAUUAGAUCAGAUUCAGUAACCUGAAAGAAUAAAUUCCCUAGGAAGAUUAAUAUCGAUCUUUCAAAGUGCAAAUUUAUAGAUUUUGUAUUCCCAAUAACAUCCAAAAAGAAUAAUUGCGAGGCCACACGGGACGCGGCCACGCCUAGCCAUGACUAUUUUUCUAAGUUGCAAAUCAUAAUAAAUUAAGGAUGUUGCAUUAUCGUUAUUAGAGUAUAUUAUAAUGUACAUUGAUAUUUUAACUAGCCGAGUAAGUAUGAAAAAUGUUACAAGCGUAGUAAACAAACUGCAUAUAAUAUACAUAUACAUAUGUAGAUACCUUAGUUGCGUCAACUAUCAACUAAUCGUGCCGGUUCGCACUUGAGGUCGGUGCCCGCGCGCGCACUGCGACGUGCCCAUUAGCCUGAUAUACUAACUAAAAUUGAAACGCGAAAAUAAAGGGAAAACGGCGAUUAAGAGAUCAUGAAAUACGAUUUUUUGAGGUCAAGACACUUUGAGUUCCAGCAUCGGUUGAUUCGCAGUUGAGGAAGUACAACGGACGUGUUAAUGAUGGAAAACAAUAUCCUAAAUAUAUUUUUAUUGUCUGUAACAUAUACAACUUAUGUUUUAUUAUGAAGCGACGUCAAAGAAGGCCUGUAUUAGAACUUAAUCAGUCGCAAUCCAGUUCUCACGCGGAACAUUUACAAAACAAACGUAAGCAUAUAAAUAAUGAUUACCUUGGCCAAAAUAUACCUGCAAAUCCUCUGGCAAAUUUACUUUGUCAUUAUAAUUCAGAUAGUGAUACUGAAGACUCUAAAAAGGAUUGUAAAUUAGAUGAUCAAGUUAAUAAUUUUUUUAAGGAAAUUCAACUGAUUGCACCAAAACAGCCAAUCUCUAAUGAAUCUAGCAAUAUUGCCUUAACUGCAAACUCUAAUACACACUUAGGAGAAUACACAAAUCAACAAGCACUUAUGUGGAGAGAAUGUUUAGACGAAUCUACUGGUUACCCUUACUAUUGGCAUAUUGAAACUAAUGAAGUAACAUGGGAAAUGCCAGAUGAAUUACGGUACUUAAAAAACAGUGUUAAAACAAACUCUAUUAUAAAACCACUUUCAAUACAAGAAUCUCAUUGGGUUGAUUUUUCAUCUGUAACAUAUCAACAAUCUCAUGAAAAUAUACCAGAAGGCAUGAUACCAAGAGAAGUAGUAGCUCGAAAUCGUAACAGGUACAUUUGUAAUGAAACUGUUUUAAAGCAGGAAUCACAAACCGAUCAAGAUACUGCUAAUAUGUCUGAUACUAUGGAUAAUGAUUCUGAUGAUGGGAAAAUAGAAAUGAUUACAUCGUAUGGAAGUGAUGAAAGUGACUCAGAUACAGUAGAUGAGAAUCGAUUAAAAAGUGAUGUAUCUUGCAUAAUAGAAUCGAAAAACAAAAAUUCUGCACAAAAAUUAAGAUGUAGUGAAAAAUGCAGUUUGCCAACUUCUAUAGUGCAAUCACAGUUACGAAUAAUUUCUCAAAAUAUAAAUCAAAAAUAUGAAAACAAAGACAAUGUAGAAGAAUCAAUUAUAGAAUCACUAAAUUCAAAAUCAACUGAAAAUACAGAGAUGAAGUACUUAAAAAAUCAAAUGAAGCAACAAAAUAAUAUUCAAGAGACAAACGAAUGUUCAGACAAAGCUAACAGUAGUACUCAAUUGACAAAAGAAUCCACAACAAAGAAAAGCAUUAGCAAACACAGUGUUGACUCUGACAUAGAUUUUCGCAUUUCUUUAGUACCCGGUUAUGAUGAAGAUUCAGAUAUUGAAGAAGAUUCUGAAAUUAAACAAGAACGGAAAGCCUUAUUUCCAAUUCCCCAAAUUGAAGAAACAGUAGAAAGUGUAUUAUCACGUAAAACUAUAGUUGACGAUGAUCGAACAGCAGACAGUAAUGACAGUGAUAUUAAUAAUGAAAGAAAAAACGUAUUAGAACAAGAUACUGAAGAUAUACUGGAAAGGUUGGAAUGCAAAGAUGACUCGAGUGUUAAGUCAGAGGGAGAUACGCAAAAGGGAAACAAAUUUGUCGAUAAUAUGCAUGGACGAAAUAAAUUCUUUCAAAGAAAAAAACGAAUUGCAUUCGAUGUUCCAUCUACAAAAAUGAAAGUAAAUGAUGAUAAUGAAGCUAGUAAACUGGAAGUAGAAAUUCAGCAAGAGGAAGUGAAUUCUUGCAUUGAACAUCUAAUUGAACCUCAGGUUGAUCACCAAGAAGAAUCUAAUUCUGUAAACGAGAACGCGAAAGAAAAUCCCACAAAUUUCAAAGAUGAAUCGAAUAAUACUGUAGAAGAAAUGAAUAUACCAGAAACAAAUGAUGAAUCUAAGGAAUCUGAAGGAGACGUUAAUCUACUAUCACAAAUCAUACUUGAGAAACUGAAGUUUCUAUCGGAAGGGAAAUCGGGUGUAUCGCCAGUUCAAUUGAUGUCUAUUCAGUUACAGACACUGUUUGUCGCAUGGGAAGCAGGUUGUUUAGAAAAGAAUUACUUGCGUAGAUGGUUGAGUGACACCAGUCACGAAUUGGAACGCUUGGAACAAGAUGCCACACCACCUGGAUGGCUAUGUCAGUGGGAUAGGUCGCAUAAGCGAUAUUAUUACCAGAACACUACUACCGGAAUUACACAAUGGACCUAUCCAGAUACUGGCAUCGCCGGUGGCGCUGAAGAGAUGGAAAUUUGUUCCACACCUCCUCCAGCAGAACAGGAAGAAAUUAUUAUACCUGCUGAAGAAGAAGGACUGAGAUCAAAAUCGAAAAAGUCGCAAGAAGGUGGUGAAAUAACUCAAGACAUGACGGUUCCAAGGAACACUGAUAUAGAAGCUCCACCUCCACCACAAAUUUCAAAUCCUAGCCCACCACCACCACCAAGAAUCUAUGCAGAAGAUUUGAAGAGGGACAAGAGGAAACAAGAUAAAUGCAGUGACAAGUUGGAUGAUAAAACACAAGGACUGGGAGAAGAGGGUACAAUAAUCACGGAAAUGAAACAACUAGAAAAUUCUGUUGCACCAACUGCUGCCUUAUUGUCGUCUCAGCCCUCUAAUCUUGCAAAUAUGAACAAUGCAGAACCUCUACCACCAGGUGUGGAUUUAACAGAAGCACCUUACGAAAUACCUGCGACUGCUUUGAAAAGAAUCAUAUACAGUGCUGUGCAACCACAAGGUGGUGCAUUAUAUGAUGCAACUGCGAGAGAUCCAACAGUUCCUAUUCUAAGUCAUCCGGCAGCUAUAGUACAAGAACAUUAUCUUCAGUAUCCAGCAUAUCAUCAACACUUACAUCCUCCAGCGGCCUUAGUACUUCCACAUAAGCAUAGUGUUCAGCCUGCAAUUCAACUAAUACCUGACUAUACUCCAAUAUACACAAAUCAUAAGGUCAUUGAAAAGCCACCAGUUAAAACAGCAAAGGAAUCUCUGGUGUCUGCAUUAGAUUCAUUUUACAAUGAUAUUGCACGUAUAGAAAAUGUUAAAACGGAGAAAGUUCCUCAGAGACAAGAUACAGCAACUACGGAACCACCUUCCCUACCAACAGAAGAAGUAAAAAUGGAAACAGAACAAGAAUCUACACUUAUUGAAACCAUUGUAAAAGAAAAGAAGAGAAAAAGGACGAGAAUUGGUAUUAGUAAAAAACAUAAAGAGGUAUCUAGUAUGGUGGCAAAAUGGCAAAAAGUGCAACAAAAUUUCGAAAAUACGUAAAUUGGUUAGUUAAUAUUUUAAUAAUAUCCUUUUUUUAAAGUAAGUAUUUUAUAUGUAAAAUUUAAAGUAUUAUUUCCAACAGCAACUUCGCGAUAUUUAAAUCAUUGGACGCAAAUAGCGCACUGUACUCCCACCAGUAUAGUGUUCCUGUACCUGCAAUUAACAUAAUUAUUUUGCGUUCUCUUUUCUAUUUUUAAAAUCUAACGAACCUAAUAUAUAA